AUGCAAGAUCUACGAGAGGAAAGUCUAAAAAGGCAAUUACGGGAACUGCAGAAACAGGAGGGAAACUGGCCAGAGCAGAUGAGGAAGAUGAGGCAACGCGAAGAGAAUUCUCAAAGGCAGUUAAGGGAAAUGCAACAACGCGAAGAAAACUCUCAAAGGCAGUUAACGGAGAUGCAGAAAAGUGUGGAAUAUUCACAAAGGCAAUUAACAGAAAUGCAGCAUCGAGAAGAAAAUUCAAUAAAGCAGUUAGAGGAGAUGCAACAUCGCGCAGAAAACUCUCAAAGGCAGUUAUGGGAAAUGCAGGAACGAGAGGAAAAUUCACAAAGGCAGUUAAGAGAGAUACAGCAACGAGAAGAAAAUUCACAAAGGCAGUUGAGAGAGAUGCAGCAACGAGAGGAAAAUUUACAAAGGCAGUUGAGAGAAAUGCAGCAACGAGAAGAAAAUUCACAAAGGCAGUUGAGAGAGAUGCAGCAACGAGAGGAAAAUUCACAAAGGCAGUUGAGAGAGAUGCAGCAACGAGAAGAAAAUUCACAAAGGCAGUUGAGAGAGAUGCAGCAACGAGAGGAAAAUUUACAAAGGCAGUUAAGAGAAAUACAGCAACGAGAGGAAAAUUUACAAAGGCAGUUGAGAGAGAUGCAGCAACGAGAAGAAAAUUCACAAAGGCAGUUGAGAGACUGUGACUGGAUCAUUGCUCGCCACGAAAUUCAGAUGACAGACAAAUGCCUUGGGAGGGGAGGUUGGGGAAGUGUUUAUGAAGGAGUAUACUGUGGGUGCGCUGUAGCAGUGAAACAAAUCCAUGAUUUGAUUCUUUCUCCACAUAACAUACGCCUCUUUAAUAGAGAAAUGGAGAUUGCCUCAAAGUGUCAUCACCCUCAUUUACUACAGUUUAUCGGGGCCACAAAUGACGAAGAAAGCCCUCUGUUUGUAACCGAGCUCAUGGAAAACAAUUUGAGGACUCUGUUGGAGCAGCGGCAACUAUCUGAAAGAGAAAUAUGCGCCAUUUCUCUGGAUGUAGCUCGUGGACUUAACUAUCUGCAUCAUAAAAAACCAGUACCCAUCAUUCACCGGGAUGUCAGCAGUGCUAAUGUGUUGCUAUGGCGACAGGGUGACCAAUGGAGAGGCAAAGUGUCAGAUUAUGGCACUUGUAAUUUCAUGCAGCAGACCAUGACAGAGGCUCCUGGAGCGAUGAUUUACAGCGCACCUGAAGCGCUUACACAUAACCAAACAGUCAAGGUUAGUUUUCUUUGAAAAAAUAAGGGAUUCAAGGCUGUCUAAGUAACACCUUGUUAACCCCAGGGCCUGGUUGUUCAAAGCUGAGUGAAGCGGAUAACCCACGGUCAUAACAGCGCGAAAUUUGAAUUCAGAUAUGAAAGCUUAAAAAGUAAAUUUUGUUUAAUUCUGUCUGUUAACAAGUUGAUGAUUGGAUUCCCUUAAAAAUAACAGAGAAAAUUUUCGGAGAAAAUGCUUUCGAACAAAAGAAAAAGAAAGCUGGGUUAAAUUUAAUCCUGGGUUAAGCGCUAAUCGGCCUUCGAACAACUGGGCCCAGGUGGGGUAUACGUAGUAAUCAACCAAAGGUCGGUGAUCUUUGGCACGGUUGUACAUGUAAUAAAAACUGCUUUAUACCUGAUGCAUGUAAAAAGGCACCAUUAAGAAUCAUUCAGCUAGUCUUCCUUCAAACCAUUAUUGAUAUUUGAAACCUUUGUUGAGUGCAUAAAGUAGCUAUAGGCCAGUGGAAAAUAAAACGGGCACACUUCACCAAUAAUACAUACAUUGUGCUAGAACACUCAUCAAACGCUUUUAAAGACGAGUGAUUUCAGGCAAAAUAUCCAUAGGCAAUUACAGUUUUUUUUCUACAAUGGUGAAAAAUCCCUGUGUUAGCUCUUGUACAGUGUAGGUACUUUUACAGUCAAUAUGGAUUGAUGACUGAUUUCCUUAUCCUUUCAUAUACUUCAACCAGUGAAAUCCCUUCCCUUUCAAAUACCUGAAGCCUGAAAACGCCGGUACCCUUUCGGGGUGGGGGGGGGGGGUGCUCUCCGUAUAGACCAUUAUGGAAAGUACCUCCGGGGAGUUUCUGUAAUUUAAAGUCGUGAUACCAUCAAGCGGUUGUUUUUGUGUGGUUGAAAGGGAUUUUUGCGGCCAAGCCUGCUUUGUUUUUGUUUGUUUAUUUUUCCAUGAAAAACGUAAUCCUCUGUCAAAACGAGUAAACAAGCGCAGAUUGACACAGCGAACGAGUAUUAAAGCUUAAUAAUUAAGAAUACCGACAUGAACUUAACCCAGCAGCUUUUCCGCUCCGUGUAACCAGGCAAAAAAUAUUUAUUCUAGCUUUUGUAGUAGCAGAGAAUUCAAACACCCAGAAAACUGUAUAUUACGACACGUAAUUUUCAUGUCAUUUUCUUUUGACGCCAGAUUGAUGUUUACAGCUUUGGUGUUCUUCUGUGUGAAAUGUGCAUCCGGGAACUUCCAGAUCCUGAUAGGCGUGAAGUACAAGUCUCGCGUGUGAGGAACACUGAGUUUAGGGGCCUGGUACGGAGGUGCCUUCAGAAGACUCCGAGCAUGAGACCAACCAUGCAAGAGAUUAUCGACGAAGAGAAAAAUUUCAUCCUUUCAUCUUAAUUAUAAAUUAAAUAGCAUGUGAAAUGUCUUGUUCCCCGUUGUCUGUACGGUACAUUGACGGUAGAACCUAGAUAACUCGAAUUGCUCAGACAGAUAACUCGCAUUCCCCCCUAACUCCAACCAAGUCCCAUUUCCCUUGGAUUUCACCACACUACGCUUCAGUCAAGUUUACUCGCUUUACUCGAACUAGGAUAACUCGAACAGAACUAAAUUUCCUUUCCCUUGAUCAAAAAUUGGAGUUAAAAUCAGUGCCCCAAUAACUCGAAUUCUGGAUCAUGUAACCCCACUGGGAUGCCAUCCCAUCAUCCCAUUAGCUCUUCUUGUUGUAUAACAGGUAAAAACACUAGAACUAACACUACAGCAAUCUGAUUUUAAAUGGUGCC